AUGGCAAGAACGAAGAUAGUCACGGUGCCGACGGCGACUAGUGGGGUGAUCACGCGGUCGAUGUUGUCGCCAGACACCAGGGACACGACGGAGACGGCGGAUACAUCAGCGGCGACAGUGACGUCGAUCUCAUCGGACACGACGACGGACACGAGAACUGCGACGCGGGAACCAACCUACACGGUAGUCCAGCAGCCAGAAGCCCAGACUCGAGAAGAAGAGACGGAUCAGGUGACGGACACGAUAACGACGAGAGGCGGCGGUGACGCUGGAACGCCACCGGCACCACCAGCUGUAGUAGGAUCUGCAAUGGGCGCGCGGAACCAAGAACGAGACGCACCAGUAGGACGUGACGGCGACGCUGCGGCAUCGGACACGGGUGCAACGGCCUUACUGGCGGCGAUCCAGCAGAUGAUGUCGACAAUGACGCGGUUAGAAGCGAGGGUCGAAGCAAUGGAGACGACGAGAGCAGUGCCUGUGGCGUCACCUCCACAACGAACACCGCAGUCUCACACUGUAGAGCCGGCACGAGAGUUACCGAGACAACAGUCGCAAAUAGCAGCAGCAGCUCGACAGCCACAAGAUCCGACUCCGGCAAUACGGCAAGCGGCUCCAGUGAUGAUCGUGCGACAGCAAUCACCGGCAGGACGACAACCAUCGCCACCGGCAGCGACGCGAGGAGUCCAAGCAGCCGUCGACGACGGACAGGAUCAAGCCACAGAAGGCGACCGAGUCCAGAGAGGACUUCCAGCUCCGGACGGUAGCGAUGACAGCGACAGUAGCGAUAACAGCGACGGUAGCGACAGUAGCGAUGAGUGGAGCGCCACCAGUCACCGUGACCACAGUAGGGAGAGCAGCAGUAGCGAUGACGGCGACUCCAGCGAUGAUGAGCCCAGACGGCACGGACGACAACGACGACAACGGGGACGACGAGUGGUCACGAUACGCGCGGACCGACCACGACGUCAACGACGAAGGAAGAGCAUCAAGGACUUGGAGUUGGCGACGUUCAAGCCAUCUCCAACUGUCUCUGUGUCGACGUGGAUAGCCAAAGUCGACUUAGCGUUGGAAGGAGCGAGAGUUUCGGGCCGAGGCGAAUGGACGGAUGAAGAACUGUACUAUAUUCUUGGUAAUAAGCUACAAGAUAACGCUGCAAGGUGGUGGGUGCAGAUGGACCAAGAAUUGCCCGCCACGGAGCGAACGUGGACAAAGCUGAAGACGGCCUUACUACGACGAUACGGGGAGCGACCUGACAAGUCCGCUGCCGAAUGGCGAAACCGAGUCAGUGAACGGGUGCUGCUGGCCCAGUUCUAUCGAAGCCUCGACAAAACGACGCGGCAGCUGGUGAAGCAACCACCAAAGCCACGGACGCUUGAAGAAGCCGUGGACAAGGCGACCGAGAUCGACGAUCCCAUCGACAAUGUCGCACAAGGAAUGCACAACAUAGGACAGGCUUGGGCAACGGCCCCAAAUCCAUAUCUGGUACCAAUGGACGGCACGACCGGGCAGGUGCUCGUGAUUCCAGGUGUUGGUAGUGGCGUGGGAGCCAUGGAAGAGGGAAACGGUAUGGUGAGGACGGAUGGCGAGGACUUGGCGUACUUUACGAACCCACAAGGCGUCUGGAACAAGUACACCGGGACUUGGGAUGUACCUGAGGGACGAACGUGGAACGGACGCUACUGGAAGCCCAACCAGAGAGCACAGAAGCAACGCGCUACAUCGGGAGCACAAGCUGGUGGUAAGCGAACGGUGGAAAAGAACGAGCGUAAAGCGAAGACGAUGGUGGUGCGAUGCCCGCCAGAAUCGAGCGACGAGUCAGAGUCAGGGACGGCACCUCCACCACCUAAACGCCAGAAACAGAAGGCGCAAGUUCGGCAGACCAAGGCGGCAGAGACACGGACGGCAAACAAGGGUCCCAGGCGCGACACUCGGCAGAACCUCGACAACCGAUGUUACGCUUGUGGCCAGGACGGCCACUUCGCCAAGGAGUGCCCGGACCCAGAAGCGAAGGCACGCAACGACGCGUAUCUUGCCAAACGCGCAAACACGAAGGACCACCCUGCGGAAAACGGAGGCCGGGCGUAG